AUGUAUAUUCUCUUUUACAGAAUUACUCAUGCUCAGCGUAUCGAAAUCAUGGAAACGCGUGAAUUCUAUUUUUCAACCGUGGCGACUGUGGUUUUAACGGAAUCGUGCUAUUGUGAAUCGAAAACAAAAACAACAUAAAACUCUGCAGCUCUUUAUAAAGCUCUUAAGUCAUUUAGAAUUCAGGAUUCUAAUAAUACUGACAUUCCGGAUGACUUAGCAGUUCCCAAUGAAAUAAAUAACUAUUUUACCAGUAUAUUCCAGAAAAAUCUUAGUCUAACCUAGAUUUAAAGUAAGCGGGUGAAAUUCAAUGUAUGUUCAAUAUAAUCUAAUAAAGCUUUGAGCUAUGACAGACAGAAUUGUGAGAUAUAUUAGUGAAAAGCAGAGUGUUAGUGCUGUGUAGAAAAACAUUACAUAGUCAAAAAUGGUGAAGAUUUAUUUGCUGAUCUGGAGCUUUACCUGGGU